CCUUUUGCGCGCAUACACUGCCGCCAACGCUUCUCGCUCUGUGAACGCAUUGGAAUCGCCGCUUGAUUGUUUUCAGCUUCCACGGGCUCUAGCGAGCACGCGCACCGCCGCGCCUUCUGCCCUUCCGACGCAGGACUCGACCGACAGAAACAGAAACGAUGGGCGAUUCUUACCAUCCGCCGCGCUAUCGCGACAAUCGAUACUCAGAUCGAUACUCUCCGCCACCGCGUCGCGAUCACUAUGACAGUUAUCGCGACGACCACCACCGAGACAGCGGUUACAGCUUCCGCGGCGCCAGCGAACGAACGGACAGUUACCGUCCGCCGCGCAGCGACUUCACAUUUGAAGCAGCAGGACCGCCCGCACCCCGCUUCCCGCCAGCUCCGCGCGAUCACAAACCGCCCUCACGACGAAGUCAGGAUUUCAGAAGAGGCCGCGGAGGACGUGGAGGCGGACGUGGUGGCAGGGGAGGUCGCCCAUUUGUUCCAAAGCCGGCCCACAAACGUGCAAUUCUAGGCUUCACUGAAACAGAUGAGGCGCCCGAAGAGAUGUUCCGGACCUCAGAGCACGCCAAGUUUCGCGACACUGAUUCUAGCGACGACGAAGACGAGGAAGACGAUGGUGCCGACGAGGAGCAUGCACGUAAGCGCGUCAAGACUACAGACGCUGCUGAGCAGCCCGCUCGUCCACAGUGGUCGAAUCCCGAUCCGUAUUCAGUCUUGCCUCCGACCGACGUGGUGACCACUGCUAAGAAGGACAUCGUGCAAACCAUACGGAAGCGCAAAGCUGAGGUGGCUGCAAGCGAAGCGGCAGCAGCCAAUUCGAUCAAAGACAAUGCAGAUUUCAUUUCCUUCAACUUCGAUGAUGAUGAGCCAAAAGAAGAGUCGGAAGCCGCAAGCGAUUCCUCAGAGGGCGAUGACGAGGACUUUAUUGGCGCCCCGCCCCCACCUCCACCACAGGACUUUGUGAUGCCUACAGAUGAAGAGCUUAUGCAGAACUAUGCGAGUGCGGGCGCCGGACGCGGUAAGAGAAAGCGAGGGCUCGAGCAAACGCUCCCAUCAAGCGCCGGCACUAUCGUGGACGAGUGGCUACCUGAUGGCUCCGAUAUGACGCCGUGGUUGACAUCGGAUGGUGGUUUUCAGUCCAAUGUUGGUUUGCAAUUGCACAAGGAAAUCAUUGAUUUCUCCCACUACGUCGCCCCACGUCCGUACGAGCAGAAAGCACGACGCGACCUCAUCGACCGCAUCGAGCGUGUUGUACGCCGCGCUCCAGAUGGCGCAGACGUCCAAAUUCGAUCAUUUGGCUCAUUUGCCUCAGACCUCUAUUUGCCCACUGCGGACAUGGAUCUUGUAGCAGUAUCACGGAGCUACCUGUCUGGGACGCGUCCGGUAUUCUGCCAGACCAAUACCAAGAUGUUCAAGCUGGCGGCGCUCCUGAAAAGAUACAAUAUUCCCAAAGACGACAUGGUGACUGUCAUCACGAAAGCUAAGGUCCCAAUUCUCAAAUUUGUCGAUGCCAAGACCGGCAUCAAAGUCGACAUCUCUUUCGAGAAUGAUUCCGGUCUCAAGGCUUUGCCGACCUUCCGCGCAUGGAAGGAACGCUUCCGCCAUAUGCCCGUUCUCGUAAUGAUCAUCAAACAGUUUCUUAUCAUGAGAGGCCUCAAUGAAGUGUUCUUGGGCGGGAUCGGUGGCUUCACCAUCAUCUGUCUGGUCACGAGCAUGCUGCAGCAUAUGCCCGAGACAGAUCUCGAAAGCGACGAGCUCGGCUAUGGCGAGCUUCUGCAAAAGUUCUUUGAUCUCUACGGCAACAAAUUCGACAUUGAGAACACUGGCAUCAUGAUGGAACCCGCCAGACGUUUCAGAAAGGGUAUCGACCACGUCCUCUGCAAGAUCAACUACGACACCCUCACGAUCGUGGACCCAAAUCGCCCUGAAAAUGACAUCUCAGGCGGCUCCCGACACAUUGACAAGGUGUUUAAGUGUUUCCGCGGCGCCUACAAUGAGAUCCAGAGACGCCUCAACGAUGUUCGGACUGGAAAGGUCAAAUCACGCAGCAUCCUUGGCUGCAUCCUAGGUGGCAACUACUCGUCGUUCGAAGCACAGCGUAGCCUGCUCCAUGCUCUUGAUUCGCAGCGAUCGACUGGUGUGCCUCCAGCUCCGCCGCCACGUUCGUACCCCAGCUACCCACAAUAUCCGACGCAACCACUGCCAGCUCGGCCGCCACCACCAGCUCGGCCGACUUACCCGCCACCGCCACAGCUGGCAUCACAAUCUGGGUACGCAUCUCAACCGUAUGGUCCAACAGCUGCCGGGGACUGGUCCUCGGGUACACAACAUGCGACACGCUCGAAGGGGAAAAAGCAGGCAGGAGCUACAGCAGCAGCACCGCCGGUGCCUCAAGGCAACGGCAACGCCACCGCCAAAGCUAAAAAACCAAAGUGGACCAAAGCACAGAGGAAAGCAGCAGCGGCGGCUGCGGCUGAAGCAGAGGGGGCAGGGGCAGCGAGCAGCUCGAAUGCGCCCCCGACGCAAAAGGCGACUACAAACCCGACGGAGAACGCGAGCACGAAGAAACAAAAGAAAAAGGCGAAGAAGGUAAUGGAGCCCAAGUUGUCCAAGAAUGACAAGCCCGGUCGCAAAGCGCUUAGGGAGCGCAAAAUUGCGACUCGGGCAGCCAAGAAAACUGCCAGCGGCAUUGCGCCCAGCGGCUCUUGAUUGUUCGUGUACGAGUGACGGGAAACGUAACGACCGGUAAUGUGGCAUUUUCGUAGAAGCGGCGCGCAUGCUGCACAGAUGAUACCCCUGUACCACUACUAGUUGACUUUUGCACAGGCAGGCGGCACCGACAGUAAACAAUUCGUUCGUUGAACUCGCUCGCUCGCUUCCGUGUCCCGCAC